AUUUCAACUCAGGUUCAUGUGUGCUUGUGGCUUGGGUAGUAAUAAUUACAGUAUGUUUUAAAUAACCGUUAUAUUACCCAUGGUGACAAGUGUCGGCCGCAUGUUAUUUAAAUUCGUAAAGUGAUAUCAAAUCCGCGACAUGAGACAAAGGUUUCUUAUGCUGUGUUUUUUUUCAGUAACUGUAACUAUGAGUGAAGAAAGUACAAUGCAAAAGCUCAACCUAAGACACUGGAUGGCGGAAUUGCCAGAUGAAAUAAAACAAUAUCCGAUAAUUUAUUUGGCUAUUCCAGGAAGUCAUGAUUCUAUGACAUAUGGUAUUACAAGAUCAAGUGGCUUAGCUCCAGAUGCGGAACCCAUCCUCAAAAGACUGUAUCCCUUGUUUAAAGGUACGAUAUUACGAUGGACAAUCACACAAGCCGUAGAUGCUUAUCAACAACUCCUUAUUGGCAUUAGAUAUUUUGAUUUGAGGCUAGCAACCAAAACUGGUGUAGAAAGUUUUUAUUUCACGCAUGGAGUGUAUGCCGGUGAGAUCACAGAACCUUUGCAUCAAAUUAUGGAGUUUGUUGACAAACAUCCUGGGGAGGUUGUGAUAUUAGACUUGCAACACUUCUAUGGAUUCACUGCCGAUGACCACAGAAAGCUAAUUCGGUUUCUCUUGAACAUGUUUGGUCCCAAACUCGUACCAAGACAAAAUCAUUUGGAGAGCAUUACACUUGAUUAUGUUCAAAGGCUUGGUCAGCAGAUUAUAGUUGUGUACCGUCACCAAUCGGUGUACGCCACGAAUGAGUUCUGGCAACCCCAAAUGUUGCCCUCGCCGUGGCCACAGCAGGACUCUGUCAUUGGUCUCGUGAACUUUCUGAGGAAUGUCAAACGUCACCCCGGCAUGGGAUUCGUUCAUCAAGCAGUGUUGACGCCGACACCUUCUUUUAUUUUAUUCAGAUGGGUGUCAACAUUGCGCGAGAAAUGCGCAAAGCCAGUAAAGAAAGAGGUUUAUCCGAAACUAACAGGUUUCGUGCCCGGCCCUCCUGGUCACUUCCAUUCCACCGAUGCAUCCCCUGUUAACGUGGUCAUUGCUGAUUUCGUAGAUUUGGAUGAUGCUGUAUUCUCCAAGACUGUUAUUCAACUUAAUUUCAAACUCGUUAAAAAUACUCGCUCUUUCAACCAUAGUGGGUAAGCCUGAUAUUAUUAUAACACAUAUAGCUACAAGAAUCUGUUUUCUACAAGUACCUGCCUUUUACAUAUUUUAAUUGUGAUAUUUUUGUAUUACUUUUUAUAUUUUCCCACGCCCCUAUACCUUAUAAUUAUUAGGAUAAGCAUAAUAGAAAGUGCCUUAAAUAAAAUAUAUUAUUUUACAUUGACAA